UGAGUUCUGAGGGAGUGAUGCAUGAAGAGCUGCUCACUUCCAAGUGUGGCCACCACCAGCUGGACCAGAGCCCGGUGUGUGUCAACUGCCUGGUCAAAACCACCAUCCUGGCAGAGAAUGAGGUGGAGGCCAACAAGUCAUCUAGUAACUACAAGAAGUGGAAGAGUCAUGUGACUGCUCGGCCCUGGGAAGACAGAUCGGAGAUAGUGAGGGACCUCUACGAUGACCUGCACGCCAUCAGAAGCCCUCCUGGCUGCGCUGUGACCUGUGGGAAUGUCUUCUAUGUGCUGCUGUUUGGCUGGUGGCUUUCCCUGGUCUACCUCCUCGUGUCUGUGCUGAUGUUUCUCACCAUCCUGGCAACUCCUUACGGGAAACUAUGCUGGCAUCUCGCUGGAUAUUUGCUCUGGCCAUUUGAUAAAGUGAUUCAGAAGAAACAUUUCUCCCAUAGGUUGUGCAAGGAUGCCAGUAACUGUGACUCUGAACUAGAGACCAGCCCACUUCUCAGCCAUCUUGAUGGGCCACUCAGGGCUCAUAAAGUGUACUCAAACCACCCAAAAUAUAGUCAUUGGCUCCGAGUCAGCACGUACAUCUGGCUUUUCCUGGGCUACCCUGUCUUGGUCAUCAUUCACAGACUAAUCUGCUGCUUCUCCUGGCUCCUGGUGUUCAUUAUUCCAAUUGCCAAGAUGAAUGCCAGAAUGGCGGCCAGGAUCCUACUGGCAGACCCAGAGCAGGUGCAUGUGCAGGAGAUAAAGACAGAGGCACCCUUGGAUGCCAACACACUUUUAUGCUGCUGUCGUGCAGCUAACUGCUAUUACUACAAGUAUACCGUGGAUGGUGUUAAUGUCUUUGCCUUAAACCUCCUGCCCCUGGUACUCGUGACCAUUUUCUUGGGCUACGUGGAUAGCCAGAACCAAUACACAGGCUCUCUGGCAAAGUUCACCCUCUCCCUACUCUCCGUCAUACCCCUCUCUUACUUCAUUGGCAUGGCCAUCGCUAGCAUUUCCGCACAAAGCACUUUCGCUGCGGGCGCCGUGGUGAACGCCACAUUUGGUUCCAUUGUUGAGCUAACGUUUUACAUCACUGCACUGAUCAAGGGGGCCCAGGAGGGGAACAAAUGCUAUGAGGAGGUGGUGAAGUCUGCUCUGAUAGGCACCGUGCUGGGCUGCAUCCUCCUUGUACCGGGUCUCUGCAUGGUGAUAGGAGGACUCCACCACCCUGAACAGAGAUUUAACAAUCGAUCAGUGGGGGUCAGCUCUGCGCUGCUCUUCCUGUCUGUGGGAGGUGUGUUUGCCCCAACGCUCUUCUCCAAGGUCUAUGGGAGACUGAUCUGCGUAGAGUGCCAGAACAUUACCCAGGACCUCUCCGGGAGCUAUCUCUGCCACAGCUGCCGAUUUGGCUUGAUGGAGAACAAUGGAACUCUGUACUAUAGCCACGUCCGGCCCUUGGUAUACACGGUGUCUCUCCUCCUCCCUGCUGCCUACCUUGUAGGCCUCUUCUUCACCCUGAAGACUCACUCUCACAUCUAUGACACCCACAUCAGUGACUACCCCUGUGAGUUGCUAGAUGAUCAUGGUGCUAUGGUUCACUGGCCUCGAUGGCGUGCGCUGCUCUUGCUGCUACUGUCCACCCUCUGCAUGUCUCUCUGUGCUGACCUGACCACAGAGCACAUCAGCCCCAUUUUGGAGAGUUCCACUGUGUCCCAGUAUUUUAUAGGAGUAACUGUACUUGCCAUGAUGCCAGAAUUGCCUGAGAUUGUCAAUGGGAUUCAGUUUGCCUUGCAGAACCACCUGAGUCUUAGCAUUGAGAUCAGCAGCUGCAUUGCAGUACAAGUCUGUAUGCUGCAGAUACCUAUCCUGGUGCUGUUUUCUAUCUUCUAUCCAACAGGAUUUAUGCUGUUCUUCAGUGACCUUCAUGUCUAUGCCAGCAUGUUCAGUGUCAUUCUCAUGAAUUAUAUCUUCAUGGAUGGCAAGUGUGACUACUUUCAAGGUACUGUGCUGGUAAUGGUCUACUUCCUCCUCCUUGCUGUCUAUUUCUUUGCUCCUUCUCCUGCUGGCUGCUGACAUCUGCUUCCUACUGGACCUAGCAUUUGGCUGCAUCAGAGAUGAUUGGGUAUUUUCCUUUGAGGCUGAUGGACCUACAUAGUAGGUCUUAAGGAUUCACCUCAUCUGGUUUGAAAUAUGCAGAACUACACUGGGAAGCCAGUAGAAGUCAAUCCAAAUCUCUCUCCAACCUUACCCCUCUUCUCUCUCAUUUUUUUACAUUGUGGGAACUAUUAAAGAAACAAAAGCGUUUGUACUUAAAACUUCAUUCCCCUUGAUUUUGAUGGGGAGAGAAAGGACUUGGCUAAUGAGAUCACAUUUUUUUCUUGGUCAUUUUUGACUCUUACCACAUCCAAAGAUGAGUCUCCAAAGGGCAAGUGGUAAAAUGGUCCCAUGUUUUUCAGUCUCAAUCUGUUUGUACUAUUCUCCUUCCCUACUAAAGUAUAGUUACUUUACACAAACUGCAGGUGCC